AUGGCAGCACAGGACUACUAUAUGGGCACACAAGGUGUCCACGAACUUCCAGGAAGCCAACCACCAAAUAAAUACCAGUCGCAUCCUUCAAAACCACCGCUAUACCAGCAACCACCGGCAUCACCGUACAUGAACACGCCGCCGCCAUCAUACUCUGCGCAUCUUCAUCUACCACCACCGCCGAAACAACAUAAUGGCUACACACCUCACCAACCAUAUCCCGAAAAACCAUCCCAACAACAAGCAAUGAUGGCACCCUACCCCCAAACGCCACCACCAGGCGGCUACUUCGCCUCCCCACCACCACUCCCACAACCACAACCGCAACUCCAACGCCAACACAGCAGCUACCUCGACGCUCCCCUCCAACCCUACAGAAGCCACUCCCAACCCGCCCGCGUCCGCUUCGCAGACCAAGACUCAGACCGCAGCACAAGCCUAGGCUCAAUCUCUGACUCCGACUCUCCUCCACCACCACCCAGCCGCCAUCACCACCACCACCAUCACCACCACUAUACUCAGCCUACCCAACGCCACACCACCACCGCCACCACCCACCACUCCUCACGCUCUCGAGACCGCACCUACGACUCCGACCACAGCGACCGCUCCCGUGAUCGUUCUUCCUCGCGCCACCACCACUCCCACUCCCGGCGCCACAAACCGCACAAAUCCCUCUCUUACGACAAGGCCCACGAGGAAUCGCAUAAAACGCGCGACACAUUCCUUGGAGCGGGCGCAGGCACGAUUAUCGGAGAUGUCAUUUUUCCGGGCCUGGGUACGGCGGCGGGAUUGGUGCUGGGUGGGUAUGGGGGACGCAAGUAUGCGCUUGAGAAGAGGAGGGGGGAGGAGGAGGGGGGUGAGCGGGAGAGAGGAGGGAGUAGGAGGAGGAAGAAGGGGUGGGAUGAGAAGUGUAGGAUGGGUAGGAAGGGGGCGGGUGUACGAUAG